GGCUCGCGAGGCUGACAGGGCGGACGGGAGCAGGAGGUCGCCCAGGAUUGGCGGCGGAGACGUUGAGGGCGGGAUUCGAGCCGUGAAGGAGGCGGUGGGGGAGGAGGAGAGAGACAUCCGAUUGGGAGAAAAGCCGUUGAAGGCGGGGCUCGAGCUCCUAGGGGCGGGCUCUGGGUCGGAAGCGCGCAGCGGAUUGGAGAGAAGGCCGUUGUGGGGCGGUUUCCUGAGCGCGGGGCCCGCCCUUUCGCGGAAGAUGGCGGCGUCCAGUGAGGACUCGUUCCGUGCGGGCUUCAACUCCGGGCCGGUAGAGGCGGCGCUGGCGGCUCUGGAAGCCGAUGAGGAGCCGGGCAGGCGGCUGGAGCGGCUUCGGGAGAUCAUGUUGCUGCUCCGGGAGCAGCAGCACCGAGAAACUGCGUCUGAGCGCGUCUUCCAAAGCAUCCAGCAGAUCCUGAUGAAAUCCUCCCUUGAGGUUGAGCUGGCCUGCCAGGAUGCCAGCCGCCGGGCACAUCUGGACCCUCAGCUGCAGCUCAUCGCGGAGUGCUUCCGCUGCCUGAGGAAUGCCUGUGUGCAGUGCCCUGGGAACCAGGGCAUGAUCAGGAACUUGAAUUUGAUUGGCACCACCAUGGAGCUGAUUGAGUUAUUUCGGAAGCUGGAUGCUGAGCAGGAAUCCCAGUUGAUAGCUUUUCGCUGCGGCCUGCAGUUCUUGGGAAACAUUGCAGCGGGGAACACAGCUUCUCAGCAGGCCAUCUGGAGGGACGCCUUCCCGGAUCUCUUCUUGUACUGCCUCCACCAUCCAGAUGAGAAGGUUGUAGCCUAUGCCUCCAUGAUCCUGUUCACAUGCCUGAGUACUGAGCGGCUGAAAGACCUGGAGACCCAGAACCUGGGUGUGGCUCUGAGGGUCAUCGAGGCCCACCAGAAACAGCCUGAGUCUGAGUGGACCUUCCUGAUCAUUUCAGACUAUCUGCUGAAAAGCCCAGAACUGGUGAAAUCCAUGUACACCAAGCUAAGUAAUCCAGAAAGGGUUGCGUUCCUCGAUCUCAUGAUAGCCAAGCUCAUAGGGGACAAGCCACUGACCAGAGAGGAGCUGGCUGCGUUUCUAAGGCAUGCUGAAUUGGUUGCAAGCAAUUUCCAAGAAAAAUGCAAGUCUGUGCUGAAGCUUGCCUCAGCUGGACAUGAUAAUGAUGAGGAAGCCCUGACCACAAUUAGGCUUCUCCAUGUCCUUUGUGAAAUGACCGCCAACUGUGAACUGCUAGGCUCCUUACAGGCAUUCCCUGGGCUCCUCGAGACAGUGGUUGAGAUCUUGCAGCUGACUCACCUGGCUGGGAAGCAGACCCCAAAUGUCUUCACGGCUGCUUCUUGUAUGCAAGGCUAUGGGGACAUCUCCAACCCUGUCAUGGGCUUCAAGUCCCACCUUGUUCGCUUGAUUGGGAACCUCUGCUACAAGAAUGCGGAAAACCAGGACAAGGUAUACGAAUUGGACGGCAUUCCCUUGAUUCUCGACAACUGCAGCGUGGAUGACAACAAUCCCUUUCUGAAUCAGUGGGCAGUAUACACUAUACGAAAUCUGACUGAGCACAACAAAAGAAACCAAGAGCUCAUUGCAAAAAUGGAGAACCAUGGGCUGGCAGAUACAGCAGUGCUUAAGAAAAUGGGUCUUGAGGUUGAAAAACGAGACGGGAAACUUACUUUGAGAUCCACAAGAAAAGGUCCUAGUUGUGAAUAAUACCACCACCUGACUCUUGGCUCAUGGGUUCCUGGGAUUUGCCAUUCCUGCAGGACAUGAAAGGAGGGUGUGAAGAAUAUCCAACCAGCUCAAAGCCAAGAACAUCUGAAGUUUGGGGAAAACAGAAUGAGAUGCACCCAGGCCCCAGUGGAACUAUGCCUGCAGAGGACUUUGGGCAGCUUGUGCCUUAUGGGUAGCUAGACUUACUGCAUCUUCAGAUAAUAAAGUUUUCUGUUUGGGGAGGCACAGCCCUCUUGUGCUCUAA